AGCAUAGCUUUUAUCGUUAGCUUAUACAGAACUCUUUGGCAACCUCUCUCUUAAGUCCAUCCAGCAUGGCAUCUGCGUCGCAGGACAUCACCCCGGAGGAUCCGGCUAUGCUUGCAUCCACCCCAACCAUUCCUCCUCCUAAUGGCACGAUACCAAACUUUGUCGACCCUUACACGGAGGCUCCGACUCAGAUUAUCGUCACUUCUGUCAUAUUAGGCUUGGUGAUCGUCUUCUUCUGCAACCGUGCCUAUGUCAAGCUGUGGUUGAUGAAGAAACUCUCAUGGGACGACGCUACCAUUCUCGUUGCCAUGCUAGGAAGCCUGGCCUAUUAUGUGUCCUGUACCUGGGGGGCUAAGAGAGGUGGCUUCGGGAGACACCAAUGGGACAUCAGCGGUCUUCAAGCUACGAAGUUGGACCUUCUUGUGCCAGGCUGGUUGAUCGCCGUUCUCACCCCUCUGACCUUCCUCUUUCUCAAAACGACUUUUUUCAUUUUGUACCUAUCUUUGUUCAACCAGCUGCGCUGGGCACGCCUGUGCUCUUGGCUUGGCCUCGUAGUGACAGCACUGACCUACGCGAUUCUCACCGCCUGCGUCUUCGCUUUGGCAACACCACGCAGGGACGAGACAUGGUUCGCACAUCAGAUGUCGGAUGCAGGGAAGAGAACGUUUCAGCUUUUAGUACCGCAAUCCGUCAUUGGCCUUGUGAUAGACUUAUACAUCUUACUCAUUCCGAUUAUCGGUGUGUCCGGCUUGACGCUGUCGCUGAAGCGAAAGAUCGGAGUAAUGCUAAUAUUCCUUUCGGGAACAAUGGCUUGCGCAUGCUCAGCAUGCAGCAUCUAUUAUCGUUUCGUCCUUGCCCGCUCCAACGACACAACCUAUGCUAUUAUUCCCGUGACCAUUUCUACACUUUGCGAGAUGUUCGUGGGGGUGAUUUGCGCCUGCAUGCCCUCUGCAGCCUACGCCGCUCGUCAAAAGAAUUCCAUGUACCAGAAGAUAGUGACCACAAUGACCAACCUGAAGACAUCGUGGACGGCUUCCAAGAAUACCUACGAUUCUCAUCCGCAUUCGCCAGUAACCGAGACUCGGCCGGCGCCAGACGUGUUGAAGUCCACGGACAGGAAGUAUGCUCAUUAUUUUAGCCUGGAUGAGCUUACUACGACUGCAAGCAUCACAGACCAGAAGAGCUCGGUUGGGAACAACGACUCGUUGAGGAGUGAAAGUAUUGUUUGAAGUCAUUGCCUCGAUCAUGACAAGAUUCAACAUUCGUUGCACCGCGCCGUUGCUUGGAAUAUUAGCAUGGAUACAUUCUACUUUUCCAUUACGGUGCGGGAGGAUGAAUCUCACAGACGACUUGAAGAGAACUGAAACUCAAAUGGACACACAGACGGUCCUCCUUAGUUCGUAUGCAG